GGAGGUCACAGAGGCCUCUGUGAUAUCACCACGACGGGGAGUGAGACCACUUGGAGUGAAGAUUCUUUGAGGAGAAGGAAGAGACUGAGCAAACAUGAGGGAUAAUGAAAAGGCCUGGUGGCAGCAAUGGACCUCCCAUACAGGCCUCGAGGGGUGGGGCGGGACUCAGGAGGACCGUAUGGGGUUUGGAGGGGCAGUAGCUGCACGGAGGGGCCGCCCCUCUCCCCUGCAGAGUACCAUUCACGAGUCCUACGGUCGGCCAGAGGAGCAAGUGCUCAUCAACCGCCAGGAAAUCAUGAACAAAGCGGACGCCUGGGACAUGCAGGAGUUCAUCACUCACAUGUACAUCAAGCAGCUGCUCCGACACCCCGCCUUCCAACUGCUGCUGGCCCUGCUGCUGGUGAUCAAUGCCAUCACCAUCGCUCUCCGUACCAACUCCUACCUGGACCAGAAACACUAUGAGUUGUUCUCUACCAUAGAUGACAUUGUGCUGACCAUCCUUCUUUGUGAGGUUCUCCUUGGCUGGCUCAAUGGCUUCUGGAUUUUCUGGAAGGACGGCUGGAACAUCCUCAACUUCAUUAUCGUCUUUAUCUUGCUCUUGCGGUUCUUCAUUAAUGAAAUCAAUAUUCCCUCCAUCAACUACACUCUCAGGGCGCUUCGUCUGGUGCAUGUGUGCAUGGCAGUGGAGCCCCUCGCCCGGAUCAUCCGCGUCAUCCUGCAGUCGGUGCCUGACAUGGCCAAUAUCAUGGUCCUCAUCCUCUUCUUCAUGCUGGUUUUUUCCGUGUUUGGAGUAACACUCUUUGGUGCAUUCGUGCCCAAGCAUUUCCAGAACAUACAGGUUGCGCUGUACACCCUCUUCAUCUGCAUCACCCAGGACGGCUGGGUGGACAUCUACAGUGACUUCCAGACAGAGAAGAGGGAGUAUGCAAUGGAGAUUGGGGGUGCCAUCUACUUUACCAUCUUCAUCACCAUCGGUGCCUUCAUUGGCAUCAACCUGUUCGUCAUCGUGGUGACCACCAACCUGGAGCAAAUGAUGAAGGCAGGAGAGCAGGGACAACAGCAACGAAUAACCUUUAGUGAGACAGGCGCAGAGGAAGAGGAGGAGAAUGACCAGCUGCCACUGGUGCAUUGUGUGGUCGCCCGCUCGGAGAAAUCUGGUCUCCUCCAGGAACCCCUUGCGGGAGGCCCCCUGUCAAACCUCUCAGAAAACACGUGUGACAACUUUUGCUUGGUGCUUGAGGCAAUACAGGAGAACCUGAGGCAGUACAAGGAGAUCCGAGAUGAGCUCAACAUGAUUGUGGAGGAGGUGCGCGCAAUCCGCUUCAACCAGGAGCAGGAGUCAGAGGUGUUGAACAGGCGCUCGUCGUCAUCCAAGGACAUCCGCCAGAUGUCUCAACAGCAAGACUUGCUCAGUGCGCUCGUUAGCAUGGAAAAGGUUCAUGACUCUAGCUCACAAAUACUCCUUAAAAAACACAAGAGCAGCCACUGAGAGGCCAGGAUGGGAGCCAAGGGGCCUGCACACACACACCCAGCCGCUGCGUCUUCCUGUGUCCUUAGUGUUGCUUGGCAGAGCCUGGCCAGAGCCCAUCCUCUCCCUUACACCUGGGCAGAGGCCAGGGGCUGUGAAGGUGGCAGCACCUGCAGGGCUGGUGCCUGUGAGCCCCAGGUCCGGAGGAGCAAGGACAGAGGAGGAUGCUGGAUGAUGAGAGUGGGAACCCCAGCAGCAAGGAUGAGCACAGAAGGGGGUGCUGGCCAACACAGCCAGGAUUUGACAUAAGGAUGGGGAUCCCUGGCCCCCUGCUCUUGCCCAGAGCUGGUGGGGGGCCUCAGUGGGCCCCAGAACCAAGAAGAGAAAGGCAAGGCCAGUGGGGCCAGACAUCUGUGUGUUGACAAUAAAGUUUUGUGUUGGAA